AUGGUUGAUUACGGGGUUUUUCGAUCCGGCUUCCCCGACUCGCCUAAUUUCCCCUUUUUGAAAACCCUAGGCCUUCGUUCAAUCAUAUACCUGUGCCCGGAGCCCUAUCCUGAAGCAAAUAUGAAAUUUCUCAAUGCAAACGGCAUUAGGCUUUUUCAGUUCGGCAUAGAAGGAUCCAAGGAACCAUUUGUAAACAUCCCUGAGGAUUUGAUUCGUGAUGCAUUAAAGUUGGUGCUGGAUGCACGGAAUCGUCCACUCCUCAUUCACUGCAAAAGGGGGAAGCACCGAACUGGUUGCCUUGUUGGGUGCUUAAGAAAAUUGCAGAAUUGGUGCCUAUCCACAAUUUUUGACGAGUAUUUGAGAUAUGCAGCUGACAAAGCUAGAGUUGCAGACCAGAGAUUCAUGGAGCAGUUUGACAUUUCGAGCUUGAAGCAGUUGCCAUCAUCAUUUUCAUAUUCAAACAGUUAA